AUGAGUAUUGCUUAUGAAAAUCAAUUUAUAUAUGAUGAAGCAAUUACUACGUAUCAAAGGCCCUUUCUAUUCAACAGAAAGCAUUUGGGGGGUCGAAGUUUACAUGUUGGUACAUAUGUUGCUACAUAUAAGAAGAAUAUCUGCUGUUCAGAUCGGCAUCAGUUUAAAAUUGCAGAAGCGAGAGAAAGUUAUAAUUUAGCUCGUCGGACAGGUAUUAUGUCUGAAACUUGUCUUGAUUAUGCUAUCACAGAAUUUAAAUUAAAUCAGAUAGAAAAAGAAUUUGUACUACAAUUGAUGGAAAGUUACAAUAUUAUCAGUAAGAUUGAUGACGAACAUGAAGAUGAUGAGGCAACAGCUCUAAAUCGUCUAUAUUUUAUACCUUAUUUACUUAAUUCAUAUGCUGAUGAACUCGAUUUAAGUGGUUAUAGCGUAUCCGAUUGUUUAUAUAUUGGCUAUAAUAAAUGCUUCGUUCCUUAUAUACCGAAUGGAAUAUUUUAUUGCCUGCUAUCAGCGUGUCUAAAAAUGUGGAAUAAUCGCCGUGUAAAGUUAUAUUACCAAUGUGCUAAAUUUUUCCCAUUGGACGAUUAUUAUUAUGCCAUCGUUAGGAAAGAAAAAUCUUAUAUUAGCCUACAGUACUGCUAUCAGGAGAUAAACGAUGUCGAAAUUUUGAAAUUGAUCAGUCAGAAAGUCGAGAUAUCAAUUCAUCAAAAGCGUCCAUAUAAUACUAUCAAAGAGAAAUUUUAUAAAAUUAUGAAUGAGAGAAUGCCUAAGUAUGCAAAUUUACCGUGCCAGUUCUCUAUGUUCGAUGUAGCGAAUGCCAUCAAAUGA